AUGGAUGUUCAGGACGUAAUUCCUCUUCCCAACAGUAAAAAACAGUUCAGAUCGAUAGAAUUGAAGAACGGGCUUUGUGCUUUGCUCGUCUCUGAUCCAGAGUUAGAAUGGAAUGGUUCGCCAGCAGCUGUAUCUAUGGCCGUAAGGGCUGGCAACUUCCUUGAUCCUCCGGAAGCACAGGGGUUAGCCCAUUUUCUUGGCUCUGAUAAAUUUCCCAUGGAAAAUGCUCUUGAUAACUACUUAAAUAUGCAUGGAGGCGACUCAAUUGCAGCCACAGAUGAUGAUCAUACUAUAUUCUUCCUCUUUGCUGAGUCAAAACUACUUAAACAUGUUCUGGAUAUGUUCGCUCGGCCUUUUAUUGCACCUCUCAUGAAACCUGGCUCUAUGAACCGAGAGAUCCAAUCCAUUGAUUCAGAAUUUGAAAUUCUGCUGAAGCAAAGCGAUACUCAUCGUCUCUACCAGUUAAGACGUCACACAUCUAAAAAUGAUCAUGCAUAUAAUAGAUUCACAGCUGGAACGCAAUAA